GCUGUGAGUAGGGAGCGACGCGCAUACUGUCCCGAGCAACCCCCGCCUCACACAGCAGGAACUAAAAACGGCAGACAACCAGUCAGCCGUCGGACUUCCAACACGCACGUCGAUACAACCCCCCAACAAAGUUGUGACUUCGACCGACAAAAACUUUUUCACGCGCGCGGUAGAUUUGACAAGAUCCUUUUCGGAUGUGAUGAGAAAGUGUGCGCUCGGGGAUGGGCGCAGCUCUAGUGAGUCUUUUUGUACCAGCAUAAUGCGGAAACACUAGCAGAGCCCCUCAAGAUGAUGGUAAUCAACGAAUCCGUGUACCAGGACGGUAUGGUCAUGAACGGGACUAUAUUGGAAUUCGAAAGAGAGCUGACAUGGGACGAAAUGCUUCUUUUAGUGGUGAAAGGAAUUGUUCUGUGUUCUAUCAUUCUAGCCGCUAUUUUAGGUAAUCUUCUGGUCAUUAUCAGUGUGAGUCGGAAUCAGAAACUGCGAAGUACCACGAACUUUUUCAUUGUGUCCCUCGCUGCCGCAGACACUUUGGUAGCGCUCCUUGCUAUGACUUUCAACGCAUUUUACACUGUGACGGACAAGUGGAUAUUCCCUCAGGUUGUGUGUGAUCUUUGGAACAGCUGUGACGUUCUUUUUUCUACAGCAUCCAUACUCCAUCUUUGCUGCAUCAGCGUCGACCGAUACUAUGCCAUUGUCAAACCUUUCGAGUACCCGAACAAAAUUAACAAACGAAAUGUUAUCAUCAUGCUAUGUUGCGUGUGGGUAUCGUCUUGUCUUAUCAGUUUCAUCCCUAUCUUUACAGGGAUAUACACCACAGCCGAGCAUCUUCGCGAGAAGGAACUGACACCUUAUGAAUGCAACUUUGUUGUCAACAAGCCAUAUGCUGUGGUGUCAUCCUGCGUGUCUUUCUGGGUGCCCAGUUUGAUAAUGGUGGGUGCAUAUGUCAGAAUUUUCAUUGAGGCUACCAAGCAGGAGAAGAUGAUCUGCAAGAAUCAAAUCGCAGCUGCUAUACCGCAAUAUCCUCGCAACAGCACUGAUACCACGGCUCAAAUGAUGGUAAGCAUUCCGCAGAACCACCGCAACUCCCAUGUUGACGAAGAACAACCCACACCACUUAAAAGAAACAUCAACAGGAUGAAGAGAGAGCAUAAGGCCGCUAAGACUUUGGGCAUCAUCAUGGGGGUAUUCAUUUUUUGCUGGUUGCCUUUCUUCAUUUGGUAUCUAACCGAGAGUCUCUGCGAUAGUUGUAAAUGCCCAAAGGUGAUCGUUCAAACUCUGUUCUGGGUCGGCUACUUCAACUCCUCGCUGAAUCCCAUCAUUUAUGCUUACUUCAACCGCGAAUUCAGAGAAGCAUUCAAGGAUACCAUCAACGUUGUCUGUCAGUUCUGCGGCAAACUGUGUUGUAUGCAGAACCGAAAUGAAGUUCACUUUAACUGCACGUACAGAUCUACUCAAGAUAUUGGUCUUGUGGAGAAUAAAUGCGUUCGUGACAUAUAGCUAUAGGAUCUUUUAGGCGAAUUUGAAAAGCAAGACAAAGACAAUUAUAAAAUCAUCUAUUGCCAAUGUCACUUCUUGAUAAACCAAUGAAAAAAUAUUCAGGAAUAAAAAUGUGCAAUCAACGAAUAUAUCUACUAAAUGGACUUUCACACUGGAAACUCGAUACUACAAACAACUUAGUAAAUAUUUUGUGACUACCUUAAUUUUCUGGAAGCAAGAAAACCUCGAUUCUAUCUGAUAUUUACUGAAACAUGG